AUGAAAUCGUGGAUGAAGCUGGCACUGGCUGCACUGCCAGUGACAUUUCAAUCUGUGCUGGGCCAGCAUGUUGUCGACCUAACUGGGGAUGGCUGGACGGUCAGCAGCAAGGCUUUGAAUAUCUCCGUUCCCGGUCAUUUGCCUUCGCAGGCUCAUUUGGAUCUCCUGGCUGCCAAUGUUAUUGAUGAUCCGUUCGUAUUUGUUUCUAGCUACUAUGGACUGAAUGAUUUCAAUUUGCGAUGGAUCCCGAACAAUAACUGGACGUACACCAGUCAUCCUUUAGGUGGACUUUCCACCACCUCCAAAGCAUCCUGGCUUGUUUUUAAUGGUUUGGAUACUUUUACCACGAUUGAGCUGUGUGGCCAGUUUGUUGGUACUACUGACAACCAAUUCCGUCAAUACACAUUUGAUGUCACCAAAAUCGUCAACAGCUGCAAGGGUCACCCCAGCCUGUCGCUUAAUUUUGGGAGUGCGCCCAAAAUUGCCAACGAAAUUGCUCAAAAUCCUUCUUCUGAAAAAUGGCCUUAUGGUCCUCAGCAGAUUUAUGAAUUCCCGAACCGCUGGUAUAUUCGCAAAGAACAAUCUGACUUCGGUUGGGAUUGGGGUCCAGCCUUUGCUCCCGCGGGUCCAUGGAGAGACGCGUAUUUGGUGCAAUUUGAGCAUGAGGAAAGCAUCUACGUCCUCAACACUGAUCUAGACAUCUUCCGUCAAGGUCAAAUUAAUCAUCUCAGUCCAGAUCAGAGCAAGCCAUGGGUUGUGAACGCCAGCAUUGACUUCCUUGGCUCAUUGCCAAGUCACCCCUCUAUGCAUAUUGAGAUCAAGGAUGUCAAAUCAGGAAGCGUCAUCAAAUCCGGGUCCCUCCAGAAUGUCUAUACCUCGGGUCAAACCAUCACAGGAAGCAUUACUGUCGGGGCCGAUACACCCAAUCUCUGGUGGCCUACAGGAAUGGGCGAACAAAAUCUCUAUUAUGCCACAAUCACAGUGAAUGGCACUCAGGGAGCCCUGGCUAGUGUCACGAAGCGCACUGGAUUCCGCACAAUUUUCCUUAACCGCCUUAAUAUCACCGAUGAACAGCUCGCUCAAGGAAUUGCACCGGGCGCAAACUGGCACUUUGAAGUCAAUGGACAGGAAUUUUACGCCAAAGGUUCGAACUUCAUUCCACCAGAUGCAUUCUGGCCUCGAGUCACGGAAGAAAAAAUGCAGCGUCUCUUUGAUGCCGUUGUUGCUGGAAACCAAAAUAUGCUUCGUGUAUGGGCAUCUGGUGCCUAUUCGCCAGAUUUUAUCUACGACAUUGCCGAUGAACGCGGUGUUCUCCUCUGGAGCGAGUUUCAAUUCAGUGAUGCUAUGUACCCCGUCAAUGCAAGCUUCUUGGAAGACGUUGCUGCCGAAGUCUCCUACAACGUGAGACGAGUGAACCACCACCCUUCUCUCGCUCUAUGGGCUGGUGGAAAUGAAAUCGAAAGUCUCGAAUUACCUCUCAUUAAAGAUGCAGAUCCAGAACACUAUUCGUACUGGGUCGGACAAUAUGAACAGCUAUUCAUCAGCUUGAUUCUCCCACUCGUCUACGAGAACUCGCGCUCAAUUUCUUACAUGCCCAGCAGCACAAACAACGGCUACUUGUAUGUCAACCUAUCGGCAACGGUUCCAAUGGCCGAACGCUAUGACAAUACUACAGCUGGGUCAUAUUAUUCAGACACCGAUCACUACAACUACGAUAGUAGCGUUGCGUUUGAUCUGAGCAGCUACCCCGUCGGUCGGUUCGCGAAUGAAUUCGGUUUCCACAGCAUGCCAAGUCUACAGACCUGGCGCCAGGCCGUCGACGAACAGGAACUACACUUUAACAGCAGCACCGUCAAGCUCCGCAAUCACCACUAUCCCCCCGGUGGCACCGAGACCCGCAACUACCAAAACUCGUCCAUGGGAAUGGCUGAAAUGACCAUGGCGGUAGAACGCUACUACCCCAUCCCACACAAACAGGACUCUGUCGCGAACUUCAGUGCCUGGUGUCACGCAACCCAGCUCUUCCAGGCGGACAUGUAUAAGAGUGAGAUUCAGUUUUACCGCCGCGGAAGUGGAAUGCCUGAGCGUCAGCUCGGGUCUUUAUACUGGCAGCUUGAGGAUAUCUGGCAGGCGCCUACCUGGGCAGGUAUCGAAUACGAUGGCCGGUGGAAGGUUCUCCACUAUGUUGCUCGGGAUAUCUACAAGCCUGUCAUUGUUGCACCGUACUGGGAUAAUUCGACCGGGGACCUUUCUGUAUACGUCACAUCCGAUCUCUGGGAGACGGCGCGUGGAACAGUGAACUUGACUUGGGUUGACCUCGCUGGAAAGAGCAUUCCGGGUAACGCCAACACUCCCCUAACCACCCAGUUCACUGUUGGUGGACUCAACACUACCAAGAUUUUCGAAGCCAAUGUUUCGACUCUCGGUCUUCCUGAUACAACAAAUGCCGUCCUUUUGAUGUCAGUUAAUGCGCGUGGUCGUCUGCCGAAUGCACAGAAUCACACCACGUCUAUAUUCAAUCAUCGCAAUCAGUUCACUCCUGUGUACCCCAAUGACGUCGCGCUAGUGGAUCCUAAGGUUAAAGUUUCUCAUGAUGCAAAGACCGGUCUGUUCACUGUUGAAGCUAUGAGUGGCGUAUCCCUUUAUACCUGGUUGGACUACCCGGCUGGUGUAGUUGGGUACUUUGAUGACAACUCAUUUACCCUUCUUCCUGGGGAGAAGCGACAAAUUGGCUUCACUGUACAGAAGGAUGAGACGGGUGGCAAGUGGGUUGAAGGAGUGACGGUUCGGAGUCUUUGGGAUCAAUCGACAAAUUAG